CAGCAUGAGCUCAGGCAACGCUUCUAAAACGGCUAAGGCUAUUAACGACAUAUUGAGGUUACCUCAAGAAGACCAAGAAUCCCUGGGUGAUGUCAUCUCAGAAUGGCUAGACCUCGAGGAGAGAGAAACCGAUGGGACUGAAGACAUGGGGGAUACUGACUCUAGGUUUGAGUUUGACGAGCCCAUCCUCUCGCUGCAAGGUGAUGACGAUGACGAUGAUGGCGACAUUAGACAUGAAACAGAUCCAUUGGAAGCAGCGCUUGUACGGAUCUCUUCACGCACCACUGGUAACCCCUCAAGUGCUCUCGGUCCAAUGGAGCUCUCUGUGAUUGAAGACGAGGAGGUAACAAGUUUUGUGCGUGACACCUGUGGAUGCAAACUUGCUAAUGGUAGCCCCUGCUCGAAACAAUUCACUGUUACUCACAUAACAAAGAUGAGAAUGGCCUGCAAUGAACUUUCACACGACGAACUCGACAUGGCUCUUUUGGGGCAAAUUUCGGCCUGCACUAAUCGUAGCGAUGGUGUGGUGGUUGAAUCUCGACACGUAGCGGCAGGGAGGAAGAACAGCUACAGCAGUUAUGUCCACCAGGGGAAACCCGUGUGUACUCGGUUUUUCAGAUUUAUCCAUUUUGUAGGGAAAUACCGGCUCAGUACUCUCAAUGCGAGUUACGAGGAAAAUGGACUGUACACACGGAUACACGGCAACAAGCACCGACUACCAGCUAACACUUUGUCAUACGAGUGCCAAAAACUAAUGAUCACCUUUGUGCUGAACUAUGCUGCCCAGAAUGCUCUCGUCCUACCCGGUAGAGUCCCUGGGUUCCGAAAGACUGACAUCAGGUUGCUACCCUCAAGCACCUCAAAGAGGUCAGUAUGGAAACUGUACAAGGGGCAGAUGGAGGCGGUGAGGGACAUUGCAAUGGGCUACUCUACAUUUUGCAAACUGUGGAGACAGCUACUUCCCUACCUGGUUGUGACGAAGCCUAUGACUGAUCUGUGCUGGACCUGCCAGCAGAACAGCACAGCACUCUCUCGUGCAGUCAACACGCCACUUGCCGAGAAGAGUGCGACCCUGACAGCCUACAUGGAGCAUCUGGACAAAGUUCAGAAGGAGAGAUCAUACUACAAGACUGUAUGCGACCAGUGCAGAGUGACUAUCCGCUCACACUUUGAGCAAGACGGAGAAUUCACCCCACCGCCGCUGUCUUCAAACACUCCUCCGAACUCUUUGGAUAUCGAGAGUCAUUACUCUUUCGAUUACGCUCAACAGGUACACUAUCCCAGCAAUCCCCUGCAACCAGGCCCCAUUUACUUUUUAGUACCUCGGAAGUGCUCUUUGUUUGGGGUGUGCUGUGAGGCAAUUCCCCGCCAAGUCAAUUUCCUCUGUGAUGAGGCGGGAAACUGUGGCAAGGGGGCAAACGUUGUGGUUAGCCAGCUUCACUACUACUUUGAGCAUCAUGGCCUAGGCGAGAAGACAGUGUAUUUGCAUGCCGAUAAUUGUUCUGGACAGAACAAAAACAACACAAUGGUUCAGUACCUGCUAUGGCGCUCGAUGACCAACCGCCACUCUCACAUCACUCUCUCAUUUCUGGUAGUUGGACACACCAAAUUUUUUCCGGACUGGUGCUUUGGGCUCGUCAAGAGACUGUACCGAAGGACAGUAAUCGGAAGCCUUCAGGCCAUCGCUGAGGUUGUGGAGGGGUCGGCCACUUGCAACAAAGCCCAGCUUGUAGUGGAUAGCAAUGGUGGAGUUGUGGUUCCGAUGUACGACUGGGCAAGUUUCUUUGCACCAAUCUUUAAGAAACUCCCAGAGAUCAAGGUCACUCAUCAUUUCCAUGUGAUGUCCAGUAAGCCAGGUGUUGUUGCCACCAAGAAGCACAGCGACUCUGUGGGGAAGGAGCACAACAUUCUGAAGGAUGGUGUUGAGCUGGAUCAGGAUGAGAUGCCUUCAGAGAUUGUACCCAAGGGUCUGUCACUUCAGCGGCAGUGGUACCUCUAUGAUAAGAUCCGAGAGUUCUGCCCUGUCGCUGAUCAAGACAUUACGUGUCCAGAGCCAUCUGCUCCACGGCCAGACAGUCGACAGCCAUCUCCAGAGCCACCAGGUCCCUCCUCUCCCAGCCAUCCACCCCCUGCCAAGAGGCCCAGACGCUGUGGACAGUGUGGCCAACUUGGUCACAACAAGAGGAGCUGUACUCUGGACUCUUCUCCCAGCUAG